AGAAAGAAAGAAAAGAAAAGAAAAGAAAAAAAACAACGAAGUUGACUGGCCAAGAAUCCAUCCAUUGAUGGGAGACACGCCUUUCAUUCAUGUUUUCUCUUUCUUUCUUUUAUUUUUAUUUUUUUGGCAAAAAGUUGUAGUUAAAGGUCGCUGUCUUUCCCCAUUUCAAUUUCUUAUCUCUUGCGAUUUUCAAUUUUGCCUAUUUUAAGCUCCUUUUUGCCUAAAUACUUGGCCAUUUCUUCUCUACUUUUGAUCAAGCUUUCUUUCCUCUUGUAUUUUUUUAUCUCCUCAUUAGGAGAGAUGCCUGAUCCGGGUUUUUUACGUUGAGAUUCUUUGAGUGAAAUUUGGAAGAAGAAGUUAAUAUUGGGGAGUUCUGUUUUAAUUUUUUCCCUUGUUUUGGACGUUCUUUUGUGAAGUUUGAUUCUUUGAGGCAUAAUAGGAGAUGUGUUUUUGAAAUUCUCAAUCUUUAGGAAGUUUAUGGAAUUGGGGCAUUGGAAAUUUGUGUUUUUGAGGGAGAAUAUAUGAGAUUUUGAAAUUUGAAGGAGAAUCGGAUAGCUUGAAAGUUGUUGUGUUCUUUUUGGUGAAGAAGUAAAUACGAUGGUGUUGACAAUUGAUUAGUGAAUUCGUUGUUGAAUUAUUGGAUUGGUUUCUCGAAAUUCACGAGAUCUUUAACUAAGCUAUAAAGAGUCACAUUCAGCUUCUUUUGUUGUCUUUUUUUUCUCUCAAGUCAGUAGUUGAAGAGACCCUGCUUUAAUUCUUUCAUUUGGAAUUUGGAUGCCAACUGCAGUCUUUUUCUAACCUUUUCCUUGUCUCUCUCAAGAUUCACCAUUGGUAUUAUGAAAAGGUCAAUGAGAUUAUGACUGUUGCAACCAAUUCUUUGGUUUAUUUUUCGAAUUUUGGAUUGUUAUUAGUUGGAUAGGUACGAGGAACGCUUUCCCUUUUCCUUAUGUUCUGUCAUGUAUAAACAAGCUUGUGAAUAGUUUGGGGGCUGAGGAUACAAAAGCCCUCAUUUACUUUUUUUUUUUUUUGGUGGAAGAUCAAGGGAGUUGCUUUGGAGCUAGAAAAAACAAUCUUGCUUCUUCCCAGAAAUCAUGAAAUUUCUGAGCAUCAUGGGCAAUUCACUUGGUUGUUCUGCCUCUGGAGAACGUUUGGUUUCGGCUGCAAGAGAUGGGGAUAUUCAAGAAGCUAAGGCUUUAUUGGAAUACAAUCCAAGGCUUGCAAGGUACUCAACAUUUGGUGUUCGAAAUUCUCCACUCCAUUACUCUGCAGCUCAGGGUCACCAUGAGAUAGUUUCUCUCUUGCUUGAGUCUGGAAUUGAUAUCAAUCUGAGGAAUUAUCGUGGUCAGACUGCUUUGAUGCAAGCUUGUCAACAUGGUCACUGGGAGGUUGUGCUGACUUUGAUGCUUUUUAAAGCCAAUAUUCACAGAGCAGAUUAUCUUAAUGGGGGUACUGCACUUCACUUGGCUGCUUUGAACGGUCAUUCUCGAUGCAUACGCCUCCUCCUUGCAGAUUAUAUACCUAGCAUAGCUGAUUGUUGGGAGAUAUUAAGUAAGGGAUCAAAGGACAAUGAAUCCAUCUCUGAGUUUGAUGGAAGUGCUCUUCGCAAUGUAAUCAAUAGACCUGCUGAUGGAGGCAUAACUGCUUUGCAUAUGGCAGCCCUAAAUGGGCAUGUUGAAAGCGUGCUGUUACUCUUGGACUUGGGAGCUUCCGUUUAUGAGGUCACUGUGGAAGAUGGAACUACUAUUGAUCUAAUAGGUGCUGGAAGCACGGCUCUUCACUAUGCUGCAUGUGGUGGAAAUCCACAAUGUUGUCAAAUUUUGAUUGCCAGGGGUGCUAAUUUGACGGCUGAGAAUGCAAAUGGGUGGACUCCUUCGAUGGUUGCUCGUUCGUGGCACAGAAAUGAACUUGAGGAGAUUCUUAGCUCACAGCCAGGGAACCAGUCUCAAAUCUGUCCUUCUUCAUAUCUAUCUAUUCCCUUUAUGAGCAUUGUCAAAAUUGCCAGAGAAUGUGGAUGGAGGAACAAUGAUUCCCUCCCUACAUGUGAGGAUGCAUGUGUGGUUUGUUUGGAAAGGAAGUGCACAGUUGCUGCAGAAGGCUGUAGACAUGAAUUUUGCACACGAUGUGCAUUAUAUCUUUGUUCUGCAAUCUGUACCUCAACUGUUGCUCAAGGCCCAACAGGGUCAGUUGCCUGUCCUCUCUGCCGGCAUGGCAUAGUUUCAUUUGUCAAGCUUCCUGGAACAAAGCCAUUGGUUAAAGCUAUUGCCAGAACAAGUUUAUCUCUAUCAUUUUGCACAUGUUCGGGUGAAGAACAAGAUUUCACUUCAAUGAAAACCCUACUCUGCAAGCCUGAUUUCCAAUGCACCAGAAUUUCCCCGCUUUCAUCUUCAUUCCGCUCUUUAAGUUGCCGGAAGUUUCCGUCAAUGAAUUUCAAUGCCAGCCGAUGCAUGGGAACUUCAGAUACAAGUCCAUCUUUGGUUCCUUGUACUAUUGAUCGGAACCUGCGUGAAUGCCUAGUCAGGUGUUCAAGAUCAAGAAUUAGACAAUCGACUUCUAACACGGAGCGCAGGAGGUCUUGGUUAUCUGCACUCAAUCAAUAUGUAACUACAGGAACUGGGUGCUAACGUUUUGAGAGCUCUGUUCGCCUCUUUCAACCGUGAUGAAUUUUUUCUGCCUUUUUGUCCAUAAUUAAAGAUCAUAAGUUCUGGUUGGCAGUGAUUAUUGGGUGUGUGUAUAUAUAAAAUAGCAUCGGCAAUACGUACAAAUGAAUCAAAUUAAUGUCAUUGCUCUAGUCCGUCUUUCAUCACUGGACAGUUAUAUUUU